AUGUCAGACACAGAAGCCAUCUUCGACGAUUUCACAGCUCAAUUCCAAAGGAUUUCCCAUUUUGCACGUUAUGUACUCAAGAAGGACCAGGAACUUCGAGACUCGGAUGGUCCGAGAUUACAAUAUGGCAUGGGACUGAUAAUGGCUCUGUUCUUCACAGCUACUCGUUGCCGGAACUACUUUGUGCGCAGGGAGGCUAUCGCUAUACUCCAGGAGUGGCCUUGCAUUAAUGGGAUCUGGCACAGUUUGCAGGCGGCAAAAGUUGCCGAGUGGAUGGUGAGCAUCGAGGAAGAGCGCUGUAGUGGAUUGGAGUUCGUUCCGGUAGAGUGUCGAGUUAGGCUGCCCAGUCUGAGAGUGGCCCUAAAAAAGGAUGUGAUUGCUGUGGAAUGCAUGAAGCCAUCUGCUGAUGGUACCUUGGAACUCCGAAAAGCAAACCUUACUUGGCCUUGA